AUGAAUAAUGAUUUACAUUUUAAGGAUUCUUCAAAUAGUGCUUACAAAGAGGCAUUUUCAUUGUUUGAUAAGCGUGGAAAAGGCACUAUUUCCCGUGAUUGCAUUGGAGAUCUUUUGAGAGCUGUUGGGCAGAAUCCUACGUUGUCAGAGAUUUCAGAGAUUGAAGAAUCUAUUCCAGAAGACAUUGGUUUUGAUACUUUUCUUCGUGUUUUAAAUAGGCCAAAUGGAUUUCGUUCUGUAGGUGACCAUGCAGAUUUUAUUCGUGGGUUUCAAGUGUUUGAUAAGGAGUCCACUGGGCUUAUAGGCGUUGGAGAACUUCGAUAUAUAUUGACAAAUCUUGGAGAAAAGCUAUCAGACGAUGAAGUUGAUGAGUUGUUAAAGGAUAUUAAUACUAAGGAUGGUGUAGUGAAUUAUGGGGAGUUUGUAAAGAUGAUUCUGUCUAAUUAA